AUGAUGGAAAAAUCGAAUUCGAGGUUAAAAAAUCUCACCGGAUUCGCUGGAACGAGAUCUGACGAAGGGGAGAGUUGGUUGGCGAAGAAGCUACACUGCGGCGAUGUAAUGACGGUAAUCUGGAACGAAGAGAAGAAGAAUGUGGGAGGGAGAGAUAGUGACGGUGAAGCUGAAGGUGAAGGUGAAGCUGAGACAUUUGAGAACUCAAAUCUUUGA